GUGCCACCCGCUUCUCCCCCACACAUCCUGGGAAUGUAGCUUGCCAGGUCCCAAAAGAUCAGCCGGGUUUGCUGCAUCGUGCCAUGGCCUUUUCACAGCCACGCCGCUCGUGGGUUGGUAGGUUCUGGGGACAGAAGGGGCCGUUGUGAUCAGCACAUCCGACUUCCCGGACAACAGAGACCAGAGAACCUGCCCUGUCGUGCCAGGCGCUGCACGGACCCACCCCUGAGAGCAGGGCCCCUGUUGGGUGCUGCAUAACCCCCCUCCCCACCAGCCGCUAGAUCGGGGCCCCGGUCCCCGCACAGCCCCUCCCAGAGGGAGAUCACAGCCCUUGCAUUGCUGGGUGCAUGAAGCCCCCCAUUGUGCCUGGCGCUACACAGACCCCCCCCCCCACUGAGACCCCAAAGAGCUUCCAGUCUAAACACACCCAGGCAGGACCAUUCUCCUCGUGGUACAGCUGGAGAAACUGAGGCCAAUGGGGUGCGAGCUGAGACGCAUGGUUGGCUGGGAGGGAUGGGAACGGGGGGGCCUUAGAAGUUGGGUUAACCCUUGGGUGCCUCUCUCCUCUGUCUGCAGAGAGGACAAUUUCACCGUGUGCAUGGAGACCAUCACUGCCUGGGCGUGGGGCCCGCUGAGCCUCUGGACCGUGCUGGCCUUCCUCCAGCGCCAGCCCCACCGCUACGUCCUGCAGCUGGUGGUGUCGCUGGGCCAGCUGUACGGCGACGUCCUGUACUUCUACACCGAGUACCGAGAGGGCUUCGCCCACAGCGAGAUGUGGCACCCGCUUUACUUCUGGUUCUACUUCGUCUUCAUGAACGCCCUGUGGAUCGUCAUCCCCUCCAUCCUCCUCCUCGAUGCCUGGGGGCACCUGAGCGCUGCCCAGAGGGCGCUGGACUCUGUCAAGCCCAAGAGACACUGAUGCCUCACUCCCCCCCCCGCCACCCGGGGGUGGGGGUAUCUGGCACAAAACCGCCCCAGGGGGCUGCAGGAUGAAUGAUG